CCGCGAAAUUGUUUCUUGGAGUUGGGAGAUGUGUCGCUCUCAGUGAAAUAGGACAGUUGACGCAUGUGUGGGAGCGCACAGAAAGGCGGAAUAAACGCAGACACAAUAGCUCGGUCGGUUAAACGCUGUCUUAUUAAUAAGGCAGUUAGAAAAAAGGGAUUUAUAGGGAGAAGCAUAGAGGAAGCGCCGGGAACGAUUGUAAAUCCUGUCUGUCCUGUGGGGGUGUUUAUUUAUCCCCGCAACCUCAACAGGAAAACGCAGCAUUUGCGGAAUAGCCACAUCGAAGACGACACGUGUGGAUGGUUAACCGCAUGUUUCCUGGCAGGACUGCGGUCUGAUUUCUUUAUUGUAUCCAUUUUGUCGGAUUGUUUUUGAAUAUAUACAGCUACCCUAGAUACACUGCUUUCUUUUCCCCAUCCGGAUCUGCUGUAGUGAUGUCGGAGGUCGACGUCUCCGCAGACUGUCUCCCCAGCCGACCACCGGGUCGGACAGAGGACAUGUUGAAAGAGAACCAGGAGAACAGGACUUUGCUGAUGGUGGCAAUGAUUUUACUGGACUUGAACAAAUGUAACCCUAACGCUAUCAGCGCCGGAGGCAGCGACGCCGGCGCGCAGGGAAAGGUAGAGCUGGGGAGUUGCCGGUUGAACGCCGGGGACAGCCGGGACUCAGUGGCUCCCAAACAGUCCCGGAACAAGAGGGCGGAGGCGGCGGCGAGACAAGAGUUUCCUGAGAAAAGACAUUGCUGUCCCUUUACUGGCUGUGGAAAGAUGUACGGCAAGUCAUCCCACCUCAAAGCCCAUCUAAGGGUCCAUACCGGUGAGCGCCCCUUCGAGUGUACCUGGCCAAACUGCGGCAAGAAGUUCUCCCGAUCAGACGAGCUGACGCGUCACUACCGCACGCACACCGGCGAGAAGCGCUUCAACUGUCCAAUGUGCGACAAGUGCUUCAUGAGGAGCGACCACCUGACUAAACACGCCCGGCGACACGCAGGCUUCCAUCCCAGCAUGCUCGAGGGCUCCAGUGCGGCCAAGAGACGCCGCUGCUCUGUGUCCGUGUGUUCCUCUGACUCUGGAGACCAAAGCCCUACUGGGAUGUGAGACACACCCACAUACUGUACAUAUAGGCUAUGGAUAAAAGUACAUGCGGUAGAUAGAGAAGCAGACACAAACACAAACACACCUGCAUGUGUGAUGUGUGCACCUUUACACACCUCAACCAGCCAGACCACUAUUUUAAGCUUUUCUGUCUAUGCAUGUAACGUUGUGCAACAGAGCAAAGAGAAACAUACGCUUGAACCUGACUGUAAUCAAACUAGAACGUCCUCCUCUUAUUCCCUGAGAUGAUUGUUAUUUAUUAAGGGUUUUUCAGGGUGGUUCUAGUUGCUUUGCUAUUUGUGAGGAGUUUUACUUUGUGCUGUGAUUUUCUUUCCUUCCCUGGAAAAAUCUGCAAUCCUAGAGGCAUUCAUGUACAUUUAGUUUUCAUGAACACUACAUGCGUUCACUUUGCAUCACAGUUUUCAUUUGUGGGUGACGACAAGAAUAAGAAAACAAAUUAUGACUGAGAUAUUGUGGGUUAAGACGUUUUGGGAAUAAUCGGCAGUAAAUAUUACUGUUGCACACAUGCACUAUACUAGUACAGUUACUCUCCUGUCCAGGACAAGGCAAAUGUACAGUAUAGCAGUAUUAUCAUGUAAAUAGAUUAAACAGACUACCUUUUAAGAUGGGUGAUAUACUCAGUAUGAUGUAGUUGAGUAUUAUUAUAGAGUAAUAAGACAAAGAUAUAUAUAUAUAUAUAUAUAUAUAUAUAUAUAUAUUAUAGAGAAUUGCAGAGCUUGGGUAUUUUAUUUCAUAUAUUUGGCCAUAGACAUAGACUCAGUAAAUCAGGUACACUGUGAGCUAGGUUUAGGCAGCACGUUUCCUGUGUUGAAACACAAAUGUUGUCACAUCAUGAUGAAUGUUUUGAUGCAAUUAUUUGCAAAUUCAUCAUGAGAUACUAUAUAUAUAUGUUUCAACAUACUGUUGCUUUUUCAGGCUCUUGAAUUGUAUCAAUAGUGCAGGAAAACAUAACAGGGUAAAGGUAACAGGUAAGGAAAGUAGACUUUACUUUUUCACCUGGCUGUUAAAACACUUUUUAGUGUUAAGACCAUAAUGAUUCAUGUUUAGUUAAAGAUUGUAAACAAGGACGUGUGUGCCUUUCAAGGGUUUUGUAGCAAAGAGUAAUUUCUACAUUUUCAACCUUGAAGAAAUACUACCUGUAUGAACAUCAUCAGAUUCUUUAUGUUGAUAUUCAAUAAUACUUAGAAUAUCAAUGACUGUCUCUUAUGCCAACAGUGCCAGUUGCUGUACAUUGAAACUUUUGUUUACUCUGUAUCUGGAAUGCAUUUUAUCAGGGAAUAAUGCCAUGCAUGGUCAAUUUAGUCAAUAUUUCACCCCGUGGUGGUGACAUGGAAGCACAACAUUUCUCACUACAGAAAGUCAUAAAACCCCUUUUUUAUUUUCUGUCCUAGCAUUUUGAGGCGCGCUCUGUUUAUUACUUUGUUUGUGAAUCAGUGAAUUACAUCAUGUAGCAUGUUCUGAUGUAUUUGUUUGGUACAAUGUAUUUUUUAAUUGUCUGGUAAUCUUUUGUACUAUUGCUAAUGGGAUUAGAGGUCUCAUUUGUCCACUACAGGAGCCAGAAACAUUGUUGAUGUCAUUAGUUUAAUUUUUAUACUUGCCACAUAAUGCAUUAACAUGUCCAGAUAAGGUGUAAAGUUAUGUGUAGUUAGGCUCAGAGGACAUAAACUACUUACAUUUGUAAAGUUAAAUAUUUUUCUUUUCUGGCAUUAUGACAACUGUGAUUAGAUGUCGGUGCCUUUCAGGUUGAAGCCCUUACUUCUGAUGCUACUGUACUGUAAUCUGGGACUGUCAACGCAGACCCCAUGUUAUCACAAUAUGCAUAGCUGUGUAAUAAUUACUGCUCAAAAGUUUUAACAUUAAAAUUAUUUUUCUUUCUAAA